GAAGGCUAUGGCUGGCGAGCAGGUGAGUCCAGCCACCUCCCAGAGGAGCAGCCAGGCCACCGCCCGGACGGCCACGGCCGGGAUAGCCAGGACGCCGGAGAACGCGCGCCCCAGAAGAGCGCGCGGGGACAAACUGCGGUCGGAGGAACCUGCACACGCCUCACACCGCUCCUAGAGCGCGCUGUCACGGAGUUAGAGACCGGGACGGAAGACUCAAUGCGCGCACGCCAGCGGUCCAGCAGUUACCCUGCUCCCCGCAUCCCCGGCCCCCGAAAGUUCCGGCGUCAAGGAGGCCGCGAUCCCGCCCCCUCGUCGCCCCGCCCCUCGCACUCCCGGUCGGGGGUGGAGCGAGGAGCGGCGGAAGCGCCGUGACGUGUGCCAGGGCAGUUGCUCUAGGGACCGCUCCGCGGGACCCCAGCAUGACUCUGAGCUCCGCGCGGUGUCCUGGGGAUAGCCUAGCCCAGCUCCUGGCGUCCACCUCCACUUCCAGGUAUUUGCCGAUGUGGGCCUCCUGCCGGGGUAUUCACCCCACGGUGCGGAGCUGUGGCUGUCGCCUCUUUCUGCUGCGCCAGGCUGCGCCUGGCCUCAAAGUCGAGUGCUCCUAGGUGUCCUACGGUUAGUGGAAACACCCCCUCACGGAGAUUUUAGACGUUGACCUGCAGAAGAUGCAUUUUAUGUACUUCUCUAUGGCAGGAAGUCAUUAUGCGACUAACACAUUUUCAUCAGAUUUCCUCUGAUUUACCGUGAAGUGUAUGUGAGAAUGAUGUGCACUGCCAAGAAAUGUGGAAUUAGGUUCCAGCCUCCGGCUGUUAUCUUAAUCUAUGAGAAUGAAAUGAAGGGGAAAAGUCGCCAGCGCAUCAUGCCUGUCCGAAACUUUUCAAAGUAUUCAGAUUGCAGCAGAGCUGCUGAACAAUUAAAGAAUAAUCCACGACACAAGGGUUACCUGGAACAGGUAUCCCUGAAGCAACUGGAGAAGUUAUUCAGUUUUUUACGAGGUUACUUGUGGGGGCAGAGUUUGGCAGAAACAAUGGAACAAAUUCAGCGGGAAACAACCAUUGAUCCUGAGGAAGACCUGAACAAACUAGAUGACAAGGAACUUGCCAAAAGGAAGAGCAUCAUGGAUGAACUUUUUGAGAAAAAUCAGAAGAAGAAGGAUGAUCCAAAUUUUGUUUAUGACAUUGAAGUGGAGUUCCCACAGGAUGAACAACUACAGUCCUGUGGCUGGGACACAGAGUCAGCUGACGAGUCCUGAUAACCAAAAACUAAAAAAAAAAAAUUAUUGGGUAGCAGAAAAUCCAUGUUUAUACAAGACCAUAGAUUGGUUGUAGAAAAAUCUGUAAAGAACACUAUGCAUAUUGGGUCAUGUUUGGAUUGACCAUGUUACUUUUCAAAACCAAGAUAUGUAGAGCAUCUACUAUGUAGGUGCAUAUGGAAUAUAGGGAAAACAAUAUAUGAAUCUGCCUUUAAGGAGC